AUGAGCGAGGAGAAGGGCGAGGGAUAGAGAUUGUGGUGGAAAAGAGAUAGAAGGAGAGCGAGUAAGCGACCCAUCGAGUGGGGAGAGUCGCCGCGCAGAGUGGGGAUACAUCCCCACUACUUCGGCGUCCAUCAGUCGCGCCGUGUACGUCGUUGGAAGAGGUUCUUUUGCGUCGUGAAACUUUACAAGUAUACGACGCUUCGACACGAUCGCGCGUUUUUUGUUCAGAAGCUUCGAGUUGGAAGCGCGUGUGUGUGUACGGAGUAUAGUUGUUUAAAAAGUGUUCAGUGAAUGAUAGGCGAAAGGAUCAUACCAGUGAACAUAAUUGUGUUUUGUUUCCCUCGGUGUAACUGUGAGUACGAAGAGUAACGGAAUUAUCGACCUCAGGGACAAUGGUGGGUGGAAUAAAUAAAUCUUUCGGAAAAUUCGAGUUACUAUCUCGCGGUGACACUAAAUCGUUUUACGUUCAUUUUUGAAAAAGCAUAUUUUCGUUGGCGUCUUUCCGCGUACGUUUCUCGUGGUUCCGUUCGUUUCUGUAGCUCUCUAUUUUACCGACUGACCUGAAAGUGGGAAAAGGACGUGAUACUUGCUAGCCGGCCACGACGUCUUACCUAUCACCGCCUUUGAAUAAUUCUUUUCUAUUCCUUCCAGUUCUUAUUAGCAUUUUGUAGUAGUUGUUUUUAUUGGCUUUAUCGUGAUUUUCGUGGACGCUGUCGUUGCCUUCGCGAUUCGGAUCAACGCGAACCGGAUCGAUGAAAAAAGGAGGUGUUGAGGAGGAACGUGGAGCAUGCCGAUGGAUCCUUGUCGACGAAAAGAAAUUGUGAUCGUAGUUCGGAGGGACGCUUGGAUCGUCCAGAAAAAUCUUUCUACGAGGGCACGCCGUUCCAGCUGUUCCAGUCGUUCCAACCGUUCCAGCCGUUUCAACCGUUCCUCAUCGACAGCAUAGCCCGCGCGAGUUUUCGCCGUUUGAAUUCGGCGCUACUCUUUUGUUUUCUACUUUCUAAAGUAGUCGUUCAUAAAUUCCGUGUAGUUAUCUUUUUGCGCUUCGGUGAAUCGCGAUGACGCGACCUUGACACUCCCAAAUUUUUUGGAUAUUUUUUUUCGUGAAGGAAGAUAACCAAGGAGCCUGGACAAGGAAUAUUAUUAUGUAUCCCAGUGCUGGAAUCAACGCGGCUGCGGUGGCUGCUGCUGCCGCGAGGCAUCCGGGUCCUCCGCAGCCUGGGCAACCGUUCAAGUUUUCGGUCAGUGAGUCCUGCGACCGAAUAAAAGAAGAAUUUAGUUUUCUACAGGCACAAUAUCACAGUAUUAAAUUGGACCUGGAGAAGCUUGCACAGGAGAAGACAGAAAUGCAGCGUCAUUACGUUAUGUACUACGAAAUGUCUUACGGACUUAACGUGGAGAUGCAUAAACAAACGGAGAUAGCGAAGAGGUUGAACGCCAUAAUCGCCCAGAUUCUACCCUUCCUCUCUCAGGAACAUCAACAGCAAGUCGCCUCUGCUGUUGACAGAGCCAAGCAAGUAACCAUGACCGAGCUGAAUGCUAUUAUUGGGCAACAGAGGCCUGACUUGCCGAGGCUUCUUCAACAAAUGCAAGCACAUCAAAUACCACCGGGCGCAACGAUGGGACCUCACCCAGGCAUUCCUGGACUACCAGGAUUAGGACCUGGAGCUGGUCUUCCGGUACCCAGUUCCGCGUCCGCGACCCUUUUGAGUCUUGGUUUGACCCCAGGUGCUACAGCAACUCCCGGAGGUUCUGCGGCUCAUCCUCUUUCGAUGUUGACCAAGCCGGACCUUCAUCGAGGUCAACCAGAUGAUCUCAAACCUAACGGAGGCCUUAAUCCAGCCGAGGAGAGGCAUAGAAGCUCCAUAUCACCGGCCGAACGCGAGAAAUACAAUAGGCCCCGUAGCACCCCAGAUCCUCAACAUCACGAACACCUACACUUGAAAAAGAUGAAGAAGGAACAGGAUAAAGAUAUAGGACAUCAAAGCGAUGGUGAAAAGAGCGAUCAGGAUUUAGUAGUCGACGACGCGAGCGAAGGACCGACGAGUCCGGCUGCUAAUGGCACUACCUCGCCAAGAGAAAAUGGCUUGGACAAGUUAGGACCUUCCUCGGUGCCGUUGAGCGGACAAGUCAAAAAAGAAGUACCACCACCGUCGCCUAGAAGUGGUACUAGUAGCAACGCCAGUACCCCGUCCGCUAAGAAAAUGGAGGAACGAGAAAAAGCUACCACUCCUAUUUCGAAACCAGUUACACCUACUUCGGCGGGUGGCAGUAGUUCGGGUUCAGGUGGUCUAAAACCAUCGAGUUCUAACAAACCUCUGGUCUCCGCUUCAGCAGGAGGCCCCUAUCCACCUCAUUAUCCUCCGCCACAUCAUCCGCCCGCAGGACCUCACGUGGAAAUGCUUGGCUAUCCUCCGGCUGCUUUGAACGGAUAUCCCGCAAGACCGCCACUUCAGCAACUUUAUGAUCCUCAUGGUAGUAUGAGGGCACCCCUCGGACCUCUCGGUGUACCUGGUGGAAAACCAGCCUACAGCUUCCACGUGUUUAGCGACGGGCAAAUGCAACCGGUACCGUUUCCAGCUGACGCUCUCGCAGCACCAGGAAUUCCCAGACACGCGCGCCAAAUAAACACUCUCACUCACGGCGAAGUGGUUUGCGCGGUGACGAUCUCGAAUCCGACCAAGUAUGUUUACACCGGCGGCAAAGGAUGCGUCAAGGUCUGGGACAUCAGUCAAGGCGGGAGUGGCAGCGCGAAGCCGGUUUCUCAACUAGAUUGUCUACAACGAGACAAUUACAUUAGAUCGGUUAAGCUAUUACCGGAUGGUAGAACGCUCAUCGUGGGUGGCGAAGCGAGUAACUUGAGUAUCUGGGAUUUAGCGAGUCCAACACCGAGAAUCAAAGCAGAAUUAACAUCUUCUGCGCCUGCCUGUUACGCCUUAGCAAUUUCUCCUGACUCGAAAGUUUGCUUCAGUUGCUGCAGCGACGGAAAUAUCGCCGUAUGGGAUCUUCAAAAUCAAACGUUAGUCAGACAAUUUCAAGGCCACACAGAUGGUGCUUCUUGCAUCGAUAUAUCUGCUAACGGAUCGAAACUUUGGACCGGUGGUCUCGACAACACAGUCCGGUCUUGGGACCUCCGAGAGGGUAGACAACUUCAGCAGCACGAUUUUACGUCGCAAAUCUUUUCUCUUGGUUAUUGUCCGAUCGACGAGUGGCUCGCAGUCGGUAUGGAGAAUUCAAACGUCGAAGUACUCCAUGCAACGAAAGCCGACAAAUACCAAUUACAUUUGCACGAAUCUUGUGUACUUUCGUUACGCUUUGCCUCUUGUGGCAAGUGGUUUGUUUCAACGGGCAAAGAUAAUUUGCUGAACGCUUGGCGUACGCCAUAUGGAGCAUCGAUAUUCCAGUCAAAGGAAUCAUCCUCAGUGCUCAGCUGUGACAUCUCCAAUGAUGACAAAUACAUAGUGACAGGAUCGGGAGACAAAAAAGCUACCGUCUAUGAAGUGAUUUAUUGAGUCGUUUUUAUAAUAACAUUAAAACAUUCAACGAACGUUAAAUACACGGAAAUUUCAAAUCGCGUCGUAUUCAUCAACAAGACCAGUGCAUUAUUCUUGAGUGACAAUGAGUUUGUUCGUCGAUUAAGUAAGAAGAAUUACUUUUCAAUCACGGUACAGGUAACAAUAACAAAAUCUUGUUGCCAUUCAAGACUGAUUCAAAAUGGACAUUAGAACCCGAAUUUAAAAAAGUACCAAGAUUGACGAUAUUGAUAAAAAUGAAAACUGAAUCGUUUGCAUGUACAAGCGUUACGUUACGAGUUUACACACAUAUAUCACACAAAUAUAUA